AUGGAUUGGGGAGCUCUGCAUACCAUUUUAGGAGGUGUGAACAAGCACUCCACCAGCAUCGGCAAGAUCUGGCUCACAGUCCUGUUCAUCUUCCGUAUCAUGAUCCUCGUUGUGGCUGCAGAGAAAGUCUGGGGAGAUGAACAAGAUGACUUUGUCUGCAACACUCUGCAACCUGGUUGUAAGAAUGUUUGCUAUGAUCACUUUUUCCCCAUCUCUCACAUCAGACUCUGGGCCCUGCAGCUGAUCUUUGUUUCCACACCUGCAUUGCUAGUGGCCAUGCAUGUAGCUUACAGGAGGCACGAGAAGAAGAGGCAGUUCAGAAAAGGAGACCAGAAAUGUGAAUACAAGGACAUGGAAGAAAUCAGAAAACAGAGGUUUCAUAUUGAGGGCUCCUUGUGGUGGACAUACACCAGCAGCAUCUUCUUCAGACUGGUCUUUGAAGCAGUCUUCAUGUAUGCGUUUUAUUUCAUGUAUGAUGGGUUCCGAAUGCCUCGCUUAAUGAAGUGUAAUGCUUGGCCUUGCCCCAACACAGUAGACUGCUUUGUUUCCCGACCUACUGAAAAGACAGUGUUUACUAUUUUCAUGAUUGCUGUGUCCAGCAUUUGUAUUCUUUUAAAUGUGGCUGAGUUAUGUUACUUACUGACAAAAUUCUUUCUCAGAAGAUCUAAAAAAGCUGCAAAUCAAAAACAGCACCCCAACCAUGAGAAUAAGGAAGAAACAAAACAAAAUGAAAUGAAUGAGUUAAUAUCUGAUAGCUGUCAGAACACAGUUAUAGGAUUUUCAAGUAGUUAA